CGCGACUGUCCCGAAACAACCUAAUUGAUGGUGAGUCAGAAGAGAUCCUCUGGGUUAACUAUCGCGAAAGUCUGCACUGUCUGUUGGUAGCUUCUCGCAAUCCUGGUCUAUUAAUUUCUCCUUCUAUUUCUGGGCAUCCGGAAAUCCUGAGAAUGCCUCCCUCUCAUGCACCGUACGGCAAAUGGACAAGCCCACUCACCGCGGACCGGUUGGCAACUGACAGCAUUUCGCUGCACGAAGUAGUCGUUGAUGUACAGGAGUCAACUGGUGCUAUUUACUCGGUGGAGUGUCACCCUACCGAAGGUGGUCGCUUUGCAAUCAUCCAACAUCUCAACGGACAAAGCCGGGACGUCUUACCAAGAGAUUACAGUGCACAUGCAACGGUGCAGGAGCUUGGAGGCGGCUCCAUUAUGAUGAGGCCGGAUGGAAGAGUACUCUUCUCAGACGAAAAAUCUUGCAGUCUGUAUUUGUUAGACCCGGCAUCAAGUGAAGUCGUUCUCGUGCAUUCGACAGUCCAGGGCGUUCGAUAUGCCGAUUUCUGCAAUCAUCCCAUCGAUACGCAGUGGGUGCUUGCAAUCAAAGAAGACCACCGAGAUGCGACCCCCGAGACCCAGGCAACCGACGUGCACAACACUUUGGUGGCGAUUGACAUUCUCUCUGAUACAGAAGUCACCAUUGCUCAGGGCGAUGACUUCUAUUCGCAUCCUAAGUUUGAUCCGUCAGGCAAACAUGUGUCAUGGAUCCAAUGGAGUCAUCCUGACAUGCCCUGGACAGGAACUGUGCUUUACGUAGCCGAGUGGGCGGGUGGAUGUCUGAGGAAUAUAACCAAGGUCGCUGGGGAGUACCAGAAAGAAAGCAUCGCUCAAUAUAUAAAAUAA